CUGCUUAUUUCCAGUGUGUGUUUUCAGUCUAUAACGUUUUGUGUUUUUCAUUUAAUUUUCUCAGUGAAGAAAAUUUUAUACUUUUAUGCGCCCAAAAAAUGACCGCUGAGAACGAAAGGGAAAUAUAUCACAAAUUAGAAGCCAUGAAAGAGAUCAGAAAUAAGACAAUUACUUUAGAACGCUUAAAGCGAAGCAUUUUAAAUGAGGUCCGUAGUGGCGAUCAGGAGGGGCGCUGCCUUGCUCAAUACAAAAGAGAAAUGGAGUUGCUUCAACAAGAGAAGAUGAGCCACGUAGAAGAACUGAGGCAAAUACAUGCUGACAUAAAUGCUAUGGAGACGGUCAUAAAGCAGACGGAGGAGAGCAUGUCUCGCAAGCUGUCCAAUGCGUCCCGUCUGCACGAGGACUACCGGCCGCUGAAGACCGAGGUGGACCUGCUCCGGCGACAGUGCCUCGGCCUGGACCGGCUGCCCGACCUGCACGAGGAGGAGGGCAGCCCCAUAACGCCCGACCGCUUCCCGCCGGCGGCGCCGCGCGCGGGCCCGGCGGGCGCGGCGGCCGCCUUCCUGGCGCCCGCGCCGCGCAAGCCGCCGCCGCCGCCGCCCGCGUUCAGGUCUGCUCUCGAACGAGAUUUCCUUACCGUCUCGCUGAGACAGCAGCCGCCGCCCAUGAAGUCGUGCCUGUCGUGCCACCAGCAGAUCCACCGCAACGCGCCCAUCUGUCCGCUCUGCAAGGCCAAGAGUCGCUCCAGGAACCCCAAGAAGCCCAAGAAGAAAUAGUCCACCCCCCACUAGCCGGCGCUCCCCGCCCACACCCCACCGCGUGUUAUUGGUUACCUGCUUCUCGAGAACAGGCCCUCUAUCGUUUCGUGAGCUCACUCGUAGUGCCCAGUGAUCUGAGUUCUUACUCUACUUAAAAGUAUUCUUUAAUUUUCUACAUAUACACAAUGUACACAAUGAACGGAAUGUUUAAAUAUAUAUAAUAAUGGAUGUUGUCACGUUGAGUGAUUGUACUUUAAGCUUAAUGUUAGUAGAUACAUCUUGAUGGUUGUAAAUAAUAGUAUUAUAUAUUUAUUAGGUCGGUGUUUCGUCUCGUGUAAGAACAAGCUAGUAUUGAGGAGAUUAAAAUAGAUUGUGCCAAAUUGAAAUGUAAAUAUUAAUUCAGGACGUAGUUGUUUAUUGUAAACUAAAGGCAGACUGUACAGUCUGAAGAAGUUAGUGUUAAAUGUGCAAACUAAUUGCUGCUAUAAAUCUUUUCUACGUGAUCAGGAGAAAAAUAAUAUUAAUAGUAAUUCAACCACACUCAAUGGCCAAACAUGAUAAAACAGAAAUUGAAUGAUUCUUAAUUUGAGGGAUGAUUUUUUAAUAGUUAGGUAACUUAUAAAUAUUUAUAGUCAGUUCAGUUUUUAUUGUCAGUUUUCGAAAAGAAAAUUUGACAAACGGUCAAUUUUUCUUCGAUCAAACUUAACUGGUGGUCUGAUAAUCCGUUAAUAUAAUAUUCUAAACUUGUGUCGAUAUGAUGAAUUCUGUUUGUGCCAGUUAGUCUUUGUUCUUGAAUUAUUGUGCUGUAUAUAUCUCCAUCUAAAUUACAUUCAUAUAAUAAUUGUGAUAGAUGUAAAUGUGUUUGUGUCGGUCGGUCAAGUUCUCUGUAAAUAGCUGCACACUCACUGUGAAUAUCAUUUGUUUUUACAAUAUACAAUUUUCGUGUCAA